AUGCUGGCGGUGGUGAGUGAGCUGGUGCUGCAGUACUGGACCAGCCCGAACCGACGCCUCGCCAACACUCUCCUGGCCCUCGCCCUGCCCCUCAUCCUCAUCGUCCUCUCCAAGCUGCUGGCGAUGGCCAUCCACCGACACGCGAUCAACUCGUUGCCCUUCAGGAAUCUACGCGGGAAGACCAUCAUCCUGUUCGCCCCUUCGAUGGAGGCGAUCGGACUGGAGAUGGUCGAGGAGCUCUCAAAGCGCGGCGCCCGGCUGCUGAUCGCCCUUCCAAGCCCCGUGACCGAGCCGACGAACCUGCAACUAGUCCUGCUCCUCCGAGACCGGGCGGGAGAGAGCUCGGAGAUAUUCCUGGAGCAGUGUCGGCUGGACUCGGCCGAGGACACGCUGCGGUUCGCCCGUCAAUACCUGGACGCAGCCCGGCUGCCGACCCACGCGAGCCGGCUCGACUCGCUCGUCUUCUUGCCCCACCACCACCGCCGGAGCACGCCCGACGACGAGGACGACCAGAAGCAGCAGGCCUUCCUGCUCCUCAACAUCCUGCUCCCCUAUCUCCUCCCCCAGCUCGAAUCCGGCCCGCCCGUCAGGCCCCCCGACCCCCAACUCCUCAAUGAUCGACUCAAAUCCGUCGAGGCUUUCAUCCAAUCUUCAAUCAAAACCAGCAAGAAACCAUCGUGA